GGCUGGGCAGAGCCGGGUCCCCUGCUUUGCGUGGCCAGGGUGGGCUGAGAACUGACACGGUGCCUACAUCUCCGCUCAUCUCCAGGAGGAGCGGGACCCGGCACUCUGCUCAACUGGCAACGGAGCCCCACGGAGGGCGUCGAGCAGCGACGCCCCGAGACGAUACCAUUGAGCGGGAGGAGCUGGGUGGGAACAGCCGGGGGCCCGGGGCAGAAAGGGCGAUUCCAGGGCUCAGAGCAGCCGCCCGCGCGGGGGCUGCUCAAGGCCCUGCUCCAAGCGGGUGAGGGAGGUGGAAGCUCAGGCUGCAGGGCCAGAGUUUCCAGCAGCCACCUGGGGCGACCCUUCUCCGCCUACCAGCGCAGCAGCUUCGCUUUGGUCCGGAAGCGGCCCCGGCGCUGGGAGGGGAGCCGAAGAACACGUGAUUCCGGUGCCGCCUGCACAGACGCUUUCCUCCCGCCGCCUGCGGGGGCAGCAGCAGCGCUCAGAAUUCCUGGGUGAAAAAUCGGGGCUUCCUUGGCUACAUCCUUUCCCCUCUCUAUGGUGCAUACUGGCACGGAAGUGACGUACGGCCCCUAGUUUUAGUCCCUCCCGGGAUGAUUCUUUCGCGAGUAACUUCACUUCCGGGACAAACGGAACUGCCCGGUCCCUACCCCGCCCUCAGCUCUCUUAGCUCCGCCCUCAGGCGGAUUCAUCUCGGUUACGCGCUCGGAGUCCCCUAACUCAGCCCCGCCCCCUCCGCUAUUGAACUUCCGGGUCCCCCUUCCCAGGCGUAGGGUCCAUCCCUAGGCCCCGCCCCUUCACUCAGCAGGCCCCGCCCCCCUCCCUGGUGCGCCUCCUCUGAGCCCCGCCCACUUCGCAGCGGUGGCUGCCGCUCGCUGGGGGAGCCGCGCCAGGCGGGGGAGCCCGCGCGCCUGAAGCCAGCCUCAGGCAAAGGCAACGGUGACUGGGCAGCUUCCGUCGACUACUUUCUGCUCCCCAACAUGGCAGCGGUGGCGGGAGGCGGCACUAGGGCUCCGGAGCCGAGCCUGUCAGGACCGCCCGGCAGCAGGAACCGGACCGUGUUCUUGUUCGACCGGCGCCAGGAGCAGGGGGACCCCAAGGAGAAAGUGCUGAGCUGCGACGAGGAGACCUACCGCGGCUUCCGCAGCGCCGUGUGCCAGGCACUCUGCAUUUCUUCUGAAGAUAACUUUGUUAUCACAACAACCAAUAGAAAAGAGAUUACAGAUGACAACUUCAGUGAAAUUGUUCAAGAAGGGGUUACUUUGUAUUUGCUACAGUCAGUUGAUCAGACAUUACUUUCAGCAACAAAGGAGCGAAUUGACUUCCUACCACAUUAUGACACGCUUAUCAAAAGUGGCAUGUAUGAAUAUUAUGCUAGUGAAGGGCAAAAUCCUUUGCCAUUUGCCUUUGCUGAGUUGAUUGACAAUUCUUUGUCAGCUACGUCUCGAAAUACUGGUAUUCGAAGCAUACAGAUAAAAUUGUUAUUUGAUGACUCUCAAGGAAAACCAGCUGUUGCUGUGAUUGAUAAUGGAAGAGGGAUGACUUCUAAGCAGCUUAAUAACUGGGCUGUGUAUAGAUUAUCAAAGUUUACAAGACAAGGUGACUUUGAAAGUGAUCACUCAGGAUAUGUACGCCCUCCUCCAGUGCCUCGCAGCUUAAAUAGUGACAUCUCAUAUUUUGGUGUUGGAGGCAAACAAGCCGUGUUCUUCAUUGGGCAGUCUGCCAGAAUGAUAAGCAAACCUGCAGAUUCUCAUGAUGUCCAUGAGCUUUUCCUUUCUAAAGAGGAUUUUGAAAAGAAGGAGAAAAACAAAGAAGCAAUAUAUAGUGGAUACAUUAGAAACAGAAAGCCAUCUGACUCUGCUCAUAUCACCAGUGAUGAUGAACGAUUUCUACACAGUCUCAUAGUGGAAGAAAGGGAUAAGAAGAGUUUCACGGCAGUUGUCGUUACCGGUGUACAACCAGAUCACAUGCAGUACUUGAAAAACUAUUUUAAUCUUUGGACAAGGCAGUUGGCACAUAUCUAUCAUUACUAUAUCCAUGGACCAAAAGGAAAUGAAACUAAUGCUACAAUGAAAGAAGCUGGACCUUUCAACAACAUUGAUAUUGAGAUUUUGAUGUUUGAAAAAGGAAAGGUACCUAAGAUGGUCAACCUUAGAGAGAUCAAAGAUGACAUGCAGACGUUAUAUAUAAAUUCUGCGGCAGAUAGCUUUGAGUUUAAGUCGCAUGUUGAAGGAGAAGGUAUAGUGGAAGGCAUCAUCCGCUACCAUCCUUUCUUAUAUGAUAAAGAAACAUAUCCUGAUGAUCCAUGCUUUCCAUCACGAUUAAAAGAUGACGACGAUGAUGAUGACUGCUUUGUGGUAGAAAAAGGGGCCAGGGGGAAAAGGCCUAUUUUUGAAUGUUUUUGGAAUGGAAGGUUAAUACCAUACACAAGUGUAGAAGACUUUGACUGGUGUGCUCCUCCCAAGAAGAGAGGACUUGCACCAAUUGAAUGCUACAAUCGAAUUUCUGGUGCAUUAUUUACCAAUGAUAAGUUUCAGGUCAGCACAAACAAGCUUACUUUUAUGGACCUGGAACUGAAGUUAAAAGAUAAAAACACUCUUUUUACAAGGGUCUUCAAUGGACAGGAGCAGCGAAUGAAAAUUGACAGAGAAUUUGCUUUGUGGCUCAAAGACUGCCAUGAGAAAUAUGACAAACAGAUAAAAUUCACACUGUUUAAAGAAAUAAUUACACGUACUGACUUGACCUCCAAAAGAAUGCAAAGUCCUUGGGCUACAUAUUCUGCGAUAGAGUGGGAUGGGAAAACUUACAGAACUGGACAGUUGGUGAAAACAAUUAAAACUCUUCCAAUAUUUUAUGGAAGUAUCUUGAAAUUUUUUCUAUAUGGAGAUCAUGAUGGGGAUGUGUAUGCUACAGGAGGAGAGGUUCAACUUGCUCUGGAACCUCAAGCAUUGUAUGAUGAAAUAAAAAUUAUUCCAAUCUCAAAACUUGACAGAACAAUGUCUGAAAAAGUUGUUAAAAAAUACAUUGAAGAUGAAAUGGCAAGAUUUCCUGAUAGGUUGUCAGUAACAUGGCCUGAAGGAGAUGAGCUGUUACCAAAUGAGACCAAGCUUGCUGGUACACCAAUAGGAGCAUUAAGAAUUGAAAUAUUGAAUAAGAAAGGAGAGGCAAUGCAAAAACUCCCAGGUACAAGCCAUGGAGGGUCAAAGAAACUGCUUGUUGAACUAAAAGUUAUUUUACACUCUCCUGUUGGGAAUAAGGAAAUCAUUUCUCACAUUAGUCAACAUGGGGGUAAAUGGCCUUACUGGUUUAAAAAAAUGGAAAAUAUUCACAAACUUGGGAGCUACAUACUGAAACUGCAAGUGGUGUUGAAUGAAAGUAAUGCAGACACCUAUGCAGGAAGGCCUCUACCAUCUAAAAUAUUUAAAUUUAAUAUUGUAGAGGGGAAACCUGAAAAAUUUUCAGUGGGUCAUUUGGAUCCUCCAUUUCGAGUUGGAGUACCUUUUAAUAUUCCUUUGGACUUGCAGGAUGAAUUUGGUCAUCCCACACAUCUGGCAACUGAUAUUAAGCCAAUUAUUGAAGCUAGUGGUUUGACUUUACAGUAUGAAGAAAUAAGUAAAGGAACAAGUUGCGUCAUUAAGGGUGUCACUGCUAAAGGCUACGUAAACAAUUACCUGGGCAAGAAUUUCAAUCUGAAGGUUAUUCUUCCUGGUUUGAAAGAAGACUCACAGAUCUUCAAAAUAAGAUUACUGCCUGGCACUCCUCGUCAAUUGAAAGUGAAACCUGAUUCUGAAAUUCUAAAGAUUGAAAAUGGGACAUCUUUCCCCUUUCAGGUUGAAGUGUUGGAUGAAUCAGGAAAUAUAACAGCACAACCAAAACUGAUAGUUCAUUGUAAGUUUGUAGGUGCUCCAAAUCUUCCUUUGUAUGCCGUGGAUUGCAGUAACGCUGGGACAAAUAUUUUAACUGGACCAGUUGUGCAUGUACAGAAUAUAAAGAAAGACCAGAUGCUCAAAGCAAGGAUUGAAAUACCUAGUUGUAGAGAUGUGCCACCAGUGGAAAAGACUAUUAAGCUGCUCCCCAGUAGCCAUGUUGCAAGACUGCAGGUUUUUAGUGUAGAAGGACAAAAGGCUAUUCAAAUCAAACACCAGGAUGAAAUUAACUGGAUUGCAGGGGAUGUCAUGCACAACCUUAUCUUUCAAAUGUAUGAUGAAGGAGAAAGAGAGAUCAUCAUAACUUCAGCUCUAGCAGAAAAAAUUAAGGUUAACUGGACACCCAGGAUUAACAGAGAGCAAAUGAUUCAGGGACUACUGCCUGAUGUUAAAGUACCAACAUCUGUAAAAGAUGUGCGUUAUUGCCUAAUUACAUUUCAUGAUGACCAUGUAUCUUUGGAGAGUGCAUUUACAGUCAGACCACUUCCUGAUGAGCCUAAACACAUUAAAUGCAAAUUAAAAGGACCAAAUACAUUACAGAUGGGUGAAGAGCUACAAAGUGAAAUCGAUGUGAUGGUUACAGACCAGUAUGGGAAUCAGAUUCAGACAAUCUCAGGCUCUUGCAUAAAUUCCUUAGGAAUUUCUGGAAAUGGGCUGGAUAAAUCAAAUUUGAAAACUACUUGGCAGGAAAGUACGCAAACCAUGACAGUCAAAGGUAUUAGGUUUUAUCCAGGUUCUCCUGGAAGCAAAGAAUUGUGUUUUGCUUGGCGUGAAUUUUCUGAUUUUCUCAGAGUAAAUUUGACUUCAGGACCUCCAGUUAAACUACACCUUAUGGAUUGGCCUGAAUUAGAGGAGCCCUUUGCAGUAAUUAAUGGCAGAGAACUGCAGAAGCCUCUGAUAGUUCAGCUCUGUGAUCAGUGGGAAAAUCCAUCUCCUGAACCAAAUGUCAAAAUCAGUCUUGUAAAGGCUAACAACUUAAAGAUCAUUUCUUCAAGCCAACAACAUAAAACAGAUGAAAAUGGUAGGGCUAAUCUGGGAGUAAUUAGUAUUCAUGCACCCAGGGGAGAGCAUACAUUACAGCUUAAAGCCUCAUACAACAGGAACACAUUAGAUUGCCCUAUAAUCAAGUUCAAUGUCCUGCCUGACCCUGAGAAACCUGUGUGUUUGAAUGUUAAGUAUGACAAAAAUGCUUCUUUUGCAGCGGGAAGUACCUUCCCUGAUUUUAUGGUUAGUGUAAUUUCUGAAGAUAACAACAUUAUUAAAAAUAUUAAUCCAGGACGGAUUUCUAUGAAAAUGUGGGAGGGACAGAGCAGUGGAAACAGAGUACCAGCAAAUGUUACAACUCUUGGCUGUAGUAAAGUCAAGGAUGGCAAAGAUGAGGGCUUCUUUUACUUCAGGGAUAAAAUGGUUCCAGAGAGAGUGGGAACUUACAGCAUCCAGUUUGCUUUUGCGAUUGAUAAGACAAAUAUACUCAGCAGUGAACAGAUUAUAAUUGAAGUGGUACCUAAUGAUCCAGUGCAGUUGCUACCAGAAUCUCUACCAGCUACUCCUGUAGUUUCGAAUGUUCGAACUGUUGCCAGCCGGACUCUGAUCAAGGAUUUAUGGCUCCAUAUAAAGGAUGAAUACAACAACCGUACAGGAAAUAAUUUGGUUGGCAAGAUAAUAGCUGCAAUUAAGAGUUCCAGUGAAGAAGAUACAGAGAUCCCAAUCUUUCAGGGGAAAGUUAAAACAAUUGAGUUUCCAUUUAACAGAGGAUCUGCUGAAAUUGUUAAUCUAGUGCUGGCAGAAAACAGCCCUGGAAGAGAUAGCAAUGAAUAUAUUCUUGAAUUUGAGGCAGACUUACCAGCUUUGGCAAAGCCUCUGGAACCAUACCGUCUAUCAUUUAUGUUUUACAAUGAUUUUAAGAAACAGCAGCGGAUGGCAAUGCUUACAAGAGAGAGAGACGAACUAUCUAAGUCAAUAGCUGUAUACAGAAAUAUGUUUGAUACCACUGAGCAGCUUGUUACUGAAAUGAAAUAUCAGGUCCAGGAAGCUGAAAUAAAACAGUCUCACCUGAAGAAUGAAUUGAAAAAGCAUCAAAUUGAUAUUCCACAGACAAACAUAUUGCAAUACGUUGAUUCUCUCAUAAAACAAAAGAUGUUGGAACAGGAAGGAGUAAAGAAAUCUCCAAGAAGAUCAUGUACCCUUUCAAACUAUCCCAAAGACAAUCAGGAUAUUUUAGGAAAGAUUGCACAUUUAGCGCAGAUUGAGGAUGACAAAGCAGCGAAGGUCAUCUCUUGGCAUAUGGCUAGUGAUAUGGACUGUGUAGUCACCCUAACUACUGCUGCUGCUCGUCGUAUCUUUGAUGAAACCCAGGGUCGACAGCAAGUCUUGCCUCUUGAUUCUGUUUACAAGAAGACUCUCCCGGAUUGGAACAGGACUCUACCUCACUUACGAAAUGGAAGAAAUCACUUCAGACCUAUUGGAAACCCUGUCUUUGCCAGGGAUUUGUUAACUUUUCCAGAGAAUGUAGAGCAUUGUCAGAUAGUGUUCGGGAUGCUCUUAGGUGACACCAUCAUUAUUGACAAUUUGGAUGCUGCCAAUCAUUACAGAAAGGAGGUUGUAAAAAUCACACAUUGCCCAACAUUACUGACUAGGGAAGGAGAUAGAAUUCGCAGCAAUGGAAAGUUUGGAGGCCUUCAGAAUAAAGCUCCUCCAAUGGACAAACUCAGAGGAAUGGUAUUUGGAGCACCAAUGCCAAAACUUUACAGUACUCUUUCUGGACAGAUAGAUCUUCUUCAGCAAUACCGUACAGCAGUGGUCAAACUGCAUAGUGUUAAUCAGGAUCUUCAUUCACAGUUACAGUCCCUUAAUACUCCAGAGAUGCAAAAGACAAAACAGGAGCUUGCUGAACAAGAGAAAAGUCUCAAGCUAAUAGAGGAGAAACUGGGCAUGACUCCAUCUGGUAAAGGCACUGAAUCAUUACUUCCGCCAGAAGCACUUGACAUGUCUGACAGUCCCACUCCUCCCAAAAGAAUGAGAAGAUAAACAGUAAAAAUGUUAUAUAGUUCAGAAGAAUGUAUGGCCUCUCCUAUGAAGAAGCAGCAGCCAGUGCAAACCUCCAUAUCAGAAUUGAGUGGGACCCUACAGAAGGGAAAGGCAUUAGACCAAUCAGAUUUGAUGGAAAAUAAUUGUGUAUUGAAAAUGUAAAUAAGCUCUAAUUUUUUGUAAAGUUAAUUUUUAUUUCUAUAAAAGCUUUCAGAGUUUAGUUUCUUGAAUGUGGAAAAGCUUUAAAAUAUACCCUUGUUUAUUUAUGCAAUAAAAUUGCUGCAAUACAAAGAGCAUUGCAAAUACAAUAUAUUGUGGUGAUUUAAGGCUGCAGUAAAGAUAAUGAAAUAUGAUUUUCAUUUUGAAAGUGUCUUCAUAUGUCUUGGAUAAGAUAAGAGGUAAUUCUAGAUUUCCCUGUUCAAGGAGAUGAAGGAAGUAAUAAUUCUAAGGCAAAAAUUAUAUGGAUAGAGCAUCAGUACAUUGAGAUCCAACCAAAGAAGAGUCCUUAGGCAGUUGACUUCAAGCCAAAGUCUAAGGUUCUGUCCAAAGAGUGGAAACUAAGGGUUUGUGUACCUCAGAUGAUAUCAACAGAGGAGGCAAGGUUUGUCUUUAGGUCUAGACCUAGAACUUACAUUGGUAGAAGGUUGUAUUUCAAUAGUAUGGCUUGACAAAGUGAGAGACUUUAUGGGUGCUUGUAAGAAUAUUCUAUACAUAAAGCUGGAAAUUAUAUUGCUGGUUGUGAUUGCCAGGCAUUUUUUUGUUUCCAUGUCACAUUUAACAAUGUGAUAUUUUCCUGAUAUAAACUAUUAUUAUUUGCUUUACAGCAGCCCCUAUAAUGUGCUAUUUGCUUUCUGUACAAAUAGGAAGAGAGUUCCUGCUCCAAAAAGUAAACACUAUAUGACAAGCAAUAGACAGUGGGUGAUGAAGGGAGAGAAAAUAUACAAUGAAAGGAUUUUUUCAGAUUGUCAGCUGUUCCCAAUUAUCUGUCUUUGUAGCCAUUGUUAGUUAGCCAGUUUCUUUUCAGCAUCAUGAUGAGAGAGGGAUGGGAGGCUGUAUUUGUAGGAAGAGAGGGUAGUGGCCUUGCAAAUUCUGAGUUGGGAUCCAGUGCAUGAGAAAUGACAUGGAAGAAAGCACAAAGACAGUUGUGAGAGAAGCACAUAAACAGGGUAUGGAGACUAGUAGCUUCAGCAGAGGAGAGAGGAUGUGAUGAGCCACUGAAUAGGACAAGCCAGAGAUAUGAUGGAGCUUGAAUUUGGAACAGUUGGAAAGUAGCCAGUAGAGGUAAUUGAAUGGGGGAAGACAGAGGUGAGGAAGAAGAUCAUAGCAGCUGAAUUUUAUAUACUGGUGGGGGACAAUGAGUGUCAGAGGCCUGAGAGGAACAGGUUACAGUAAUCAAAAUAGGAUAUGGUGAAUGCCUGGAGAAAAAUUUUACAAAUGAAGACAGAAGUUAACAUUUUGAAAGUGCGUAAGCCUUACUGAUUUUCACUAAAUCACUUAGCUGCUCUUGAAAAUUUUACACUGAAAACUUUGGAACU